AUGACGCUGCUGGCUGCGGCGCAGAUGGAGCCUGGCGCGCUCGCGGAUGAAGCGGAGGGCGGCGGCGGCGCUGGCGAGGAUGGGGACGGAGACGCCGACGCUUUGGCGGCAGAGGUGGAGCUGCAAGAGCAGCUGCUGGACCGCCUCGUCCAGGCGCAGCUGCCGCGCCUGCGCGCCACGCCGCUGCGCACCUCGGCGGCGCUGGUGCUGGCGCUGUCCAACGCCGGCUACUACGACCCGGCCUUCUUCUCGGAGGCGGCGGCCGCGGCGGUCGAGGGGCUGGGGUCCUUGGAGGUGUGGGAGGUGCCGGUGGUGGCGACGGCGCUGGCGGCCGGGUUCAGCGCGGCGGGGCACUACGAGGAGCCGCUGUUCGAGGCGCUGGCAGCCAGGGCCGUCGCUGCGGACGCGUCCGCCCCCUCCGGCCCCGCGCCGCUGCUGGCCGUGGCGGCGGCGCUGCUGGAGGUGCAGCACUACUGCCCGCCGCUGCUGGACGCGCUCGCGGCGUCCGUGCGCGCGGCGGGGGGCGCGGCGGCGAUGCCUGCCGGUCAGCUGGUGGACCUGCUGCUGGUGGUGGGGUUCUUCAGGGCGGCGCCGCACGAUUUGGUGGAGCAGGCCGGCGGCGCCCUGGCGGAUGCGCUGGAGCGGCAGCAGCGGCAGGAGGGUGUUGAGGAGGAGCAGCAGGCGCGGCAGGAUGAACGGGAGGCGGGGGGUGGCCAGGGAGCGGGGAGCGCCAGCGGCGCCGGCGGCGGUGAGGCGCUGCUCGAGGAGGACCAGCUGGGCCGGCUGCACCUGGCCGCGCUGCUGCUGCGGCAGCAGGGCGCGCCGCUGGGGCCGCGCCUCUGCGCCGCGCUCGCCGCGCGGCCGCCGGGGCGGCUGCUGGGCGCGGACCACAUGGUAUCAGACCCUGAGGCGGCGGCGGAGGCGCUGGGGCAGCCGCAGGGCGCGGAUUGGGAGGCGGCGGGCCUGCUGACGCCGGGGCAGGUGGUGGGGCGGCUGACGCAGGGGCUCGGGUACGAGGUCGAGCGGGACGUCGUGGCUGGGGAGGAAGGUGACGGGCAGCUGCUCGCUGAGGUGGAGAUCAGCAUCACUGUGGAUGAGUCGCGCCUGCAGGCCCAGCAGCAGCGGGAGAGGGAGGAGGGGCAGGAGGGGCGGCAGCAGCAGGAAGAGGGGCGCAGCGGCGUGCGGCGGCGCGUCGCGGUGGCCGUGAUGGACGACGAGUCGUGCUACUGCGCGUCCCCACCCGGCCGCCUGCGCGGCGGCGUGGCCGUGCAGGUCCUGGCCCUGCAGUCGCUGGGCUGGGCGGUGCUGCCGCUGCCGGUGCGCGAGUGGCAGGCGCUGGGGAGGGACACGGCCGCGCAGGACGCCUACCUACGCGCCCGCAUUGCGGCUGCGGUCGGGUGA